AUGAGGUUCGGAAUCUCCAGCUGGGCCAUGCCCACAGUGGCACUGGCGGCGGUCGGCGGCGCAGUUGCCCAGGCCACCAGCGGCUCCCUCAACAUUCUCACCAUGAAUGUUGCCGGUCUGCCGACCAUCAUCAACGGCAACGACGUCCCUGGCGACAAGGCAACCAACAGCCGCAACAUUGGCGACAAGCUGUCCCAGUACGGUUACGACUUGGCCCACCUCCAGGAGGACUUCAACUUCCACGCAUACAUCUACGAAACCAACAAGCACCCGUUCCGCACCGCCACCUCGGGCGGCGUCCCCUUCGGCUCGGGCUUGAACAGCGUGUCCAACUACGACUGGAUCGACUUUGAUCGUGUCAAGUGGGACGUCUGCAGCAACGCGUCAGGCGCCGACUGCCUCACCCCCAAGGGCUUCACCUUCAUGAGGCUUCGCGUCGCCGAGGGCGUCUAUGUCGACUGCUACAACCUCCACGCCGACGCGGGGAGCCUGGAUGACGACAUGAAGGCCCGCAACGCCAACCUGCGCCAGGUGUCGGACGCCAUCAAGGCCCGCAGCGAGGGCAACGCCGUGCUCGUCUUUGGCGACACCAACAGCCGCUACACUCGUAUCCCCGAUGGCAUCACCGUCUUCCGUCUGCAGAACGGCAUGACGGACCCCUGGGUCGAGCUGAUCCGCGGCGGCGUCGAGCCCACGGUCGAGUCGCUCUGCAGCAACCCCAGCACCACCAACUCGUGCGAAACCGUCGACAAGGUCUUCUACCGCUCCAGCCCUACCUUGACCCUCAAGGCCAAGGAGUGGAGCUACGCCAGCAACAAGUUCCUGCAGGACAAUGGCGACUUGCUCUCGGACCACAACCCCAUCGCGGUCAACUUCGACUGGUCGGUCGGCUCUUCCCUGCGCACGUCGGACGAGUUUGGCGGGCCCCACGGCACCUUCUUCAGCGACGUCCCCACCUUGGCCGCCAAGGGUCGCGUGCCCAAGGUCUCGGCCAUCCAGCUCCGCGGCGCCAACCGCCUCGACUGGGUCUCGGUCACGCUGGCCGACGGCUCCAGCACGGCGCACGGCGGCUCAGGCGGCACCGCCAGCGACCUCGCCCUCGCAGCCAACGAGUUUUGGACCGGUGCUACGCUGUGCCGCGGCCAGCGCAACGGCCGCACGCGCAACUUUUACAUCAAGGCCACCACCAGCACCGGCAGGACCGUCGAGUCGGGCAAGACCACGGAAGACUGCAAGAACUUUACGGCGCCGGCCGGCUGGCAGAUUGUCGGCUUCGCGGGCAGGGAGGGCGACGAGGUGGACAGGCUGGCUUUUGUUUACGCGCCACAGUAA